AUGUUUUCCCUGUCGCCAAACGUCGGCCUCUUGGCGUUGGUCAUCCUCCUCGUCUACACUCGUCCUACUCUUGCCUUCGGUGCUGGUAAUAUCGCAGAUAUCAGCAAAGCUGAAGGUGCUAGGUGGCGUCAUGGCGAUAUCGAAGAUGUCCUCCUUACCAUCCUUAUGGCUCGAGGUGUAGGCGGCAAGAAAUUCAACAAAUUAAACGUAUCCCGUGUCUACUUCGGAAACUGGCUUCGAGAUUAUUCUCAAGCCAUUGACGUUGGAACUGUCAAAUCAGUCUCUGCUGAAGCCAUUCGUCUUCUCCUGUCCGUUCUCGGCUUUAUGACAUUCGGCUACGGUUCUCGAGAGUUCGAGGUUACCGCUGCCCGUCUCGGUUGCUACCGUCCUGAAGACCAUAUUGACAACCCCAAGAAUUACGCCGACAAUAUCGAUGCUCGUCAGUAUGAUAGAAGGCUCCGUGCUCCGGUUGAUGAGGAGGUCGAGCUGGCCAUCGACCCUGAGACUGGAAUGAAGAACUACAUUGCCAACGAAGGAGCUGGAAUCAUGACCUCCGCUAAACACGUUCGAGCACUGUUUUCCAAAUGCAUUGAACUCGGCCGUAGAAGCCGUGGUGAUGAUGCAGACCUUCAUGAAGCCCUUCGAUUGCUUGGAACUGGCCUCCAUUGCCUCGAAGACUACCUGGCCCACAGCAACUACACUGAGCUGGUCCUCAUUGAGUUGGGCGAAACCGAUGUUUUCCCACACGUUGGUCGUGAUACUAGAAUGUCUAUCCCGGGAGCUCGCCGCCAAGUUUACCCAAUCGUUACCGGUACCUUUGGUGGUGUCGAUUUCCUCCACUCUGUCACCGGUGAGGUUUCAGAUAAGCUUACCCAGAAUGAAAUCGACGAACUCGAGGGAGCGCUUGAACACGCUGAAGCCAACCCUGAAGACAGUGUUCUCCAGGACGUCUUUAACAUGAUUCCCAAUGGUGGCGAUAAAAAGAAUAAGAUGAAUGAAAUUCAAGAUAACGCCCACAACAGCCAGAUGGAGAAUGCCUCUAUCUCACCCCGGGACCCUGAAGAGUUCACACAAUACGCCCAGAACGUUUUCAGGCAAAUUAUGCCCGCUAUUGAAUUUCAUGACAAUCUCAUGAAGGAUCUUAGCAAGUUUGUUGAGAGCAUUCCCCUCCUUAGUAAGAUCUUGGAGAGAUUUGAGCAGAGGAUGUCCAUGUGGGUCUUUACUAUCAUCGCACCAUUCGUUGUCCCCAUCAUCAGACAAGUCAAGAACGAGUUACACUCCGGUUCCAAUGAAAUCAUUGAGAGCAGCAGGAGGGAGCAACAUAUUGUCUUCGAGGAUGACUAUUCUACGGAUCCAACCCAUUCUAUGUUAUCUAAGGAUCACUUUUCUAAUGUUCUUAAUGGAAUCUCUGGCAAGACCGCUCAAGCUGUCGUCGGCUGGGUUGUUCCACAGAUCAUGGAGGCAUGGGAUGAUGAAGGCGUUGAUGUCGACCGUCUCAUGACUCGCAUUGUCAACGGUGUUCUCUACCACCCCGCCCAGCGUGAUCAGGGUGAAGAUGGCGCCGAGGAAGGUCGCCGCGUUAUGUUCAGCUCCGUCGAGGGCUGGUGGAACAGCAUGCCCGAUGACGUAAAGGAGGAACACCGCCGAUGGCUCUCACGAGAGGGCGUUGAGAAUGGGGAAAACCACCAGGGCCAACUUGAUACCGGGCACGGAUGUGGAGGACCACUAAGCAUGCACAACAAUUUCGCCAAGGGUGGUUCGCUUGAAGAUCGUAUUGCGGGAAAGGUUGCCGACGCUCUCGUUGACAAUAUCACCGGUGGGAUUUCGAGAUAUGUUAAGCAACAAACAGGUACAGAUAUCCCUGAAACUGGUGGUAGUGGUGGUGGAGACUAUUCUGGUGGUGGUGGCUUCGGCGGUUUCUUGAGCUCCUUCCUAGGGGGCAGCUCUUCGGGAAACCAGGAAUCAUCUUACAGUCGCCAAGAAGAGACAUAUGUCAGCCGCAAUGAUGAGUCGGAAUCUUAUACUAGAUAUGAACGUCAUGAGGAACGCAGUGAGGACUACGGCGGCUACGAGCAGCGCACCGAACGCUAUGAAAGUCGAGAGGAAAGUUAUGGAGGUCGUCGCCGCGACGACGAAGAGGAAGAACAGGAAGAAGACCAAGGGUAUCGUCGCCGUCGCAAUGAUGAUGAAGAGGAAGAGGAAGAGGACCAAGGAUAUAGCCGCCGCCGCCGCGAUGAUGAGGGAGAAGAGGAAGAAGACGAUAGUUACCGAAGGCGCCGUCGGGACGAAGAUGAGGGUGGGUGGGGCUAUUAG